UUGUUCUGCAACAUUCAGCCGCUGUAGUACAGAGAGAAAACAACCACAACGAAACAGGCAAUAGAACACCCACAACGAUUUCUCUCCCUCUCUGCUUCUGCUGCAAGCAUAUAAAUGUCUGCUCUGAUGCGGUCUCUCCGCAGCUCAGUUGGAAGCAAAAGCAGUAAUGACAGGAGAAAUCUAGACCUUCCAAAUUCCUAUGAUCAAGAAGAAUCAAUCACAGCGCUCCGAUCGUCCUGGAUUCGACGGUUGCGCUUGAAACUCCCACCUCUACAGGCCCAACCACCCUCCGCCGCCCAAGACGGCGGCACUUCUCCGACUCCGGCAGUCGCUGCUGCCGUAGUGCCCUCCUCCGACUGCACCACUGGGUCUGGCGGCGGCGACAGCAACCCUCCGAUCUUUGAGGGCCACCGCAACACCAUCUCCACCGUCGAGUCACACACCCCUGCCUCGAUCUCGAAUCUCCGAUCCGCUUUCUUCUUCCGCCGCCUCCUCGAUUUCCACAGCGAAAGAUCAGGCCUUGAAGAAGAAAAUCCAAGCUUCUCGUUCUCCUCGACCGGCUUCGGCCCGUUUCAGGUCAGGACCAGAAGGAGUCUCGUCCAAGCAGCUUCGGCCGCGGGGCCUUCUUCCCCUCCGUCGUGGGCCAGACUCACUCCGGCCAGUUCCGAUCGUUUAAGCCAUCGAUUUUUAGAUUGUAAGGAAGCUGCAGGUUCCAUUUCUCAAUCUUCUGACCACCUGCAGCUGCAAGACGUAGAGCCAGAUUUCAAUGGAAUAGGGAAUUUUGGUUUCAAUGGCCAAGAUUCUCUGGCGGACCUUGAUAAGUUCAAUUAUGCGAAUUAUGGCAUCCGCAUUCCUUUCUCGCGGAACAAGGAGGAAGAAGAAGGGGUGGAUGAGCGAUUCGGCCGGAGUAAUUGCUUUCCCAGAGAGCAGAAUUUCGUUGAUGAUGGCUGCCGAUCGAGCUCGUUCCAGCAGAGGAGGGUGGCGGCCGAUGAUCAUCAUCGCAGCAGCUCCCGCCUCUCACCGUUCUUUCAGUUCCAGCCCUCGCCGGUCCCAAUACAAGACAUGACGAAAAAGCGUGAGUACUUGAGAGAAAGCAGGAUGAAUCCUUUCCUCCAAUCAGCCCGGGACGGAUGGCUCUUUGGUGGACCACUGGGAGAUGCCAACAAGAAGUUCAUAGACUCCGACCCCACUUCUUCCCGCAAUCUGAACCGUCCAAGACCCCUGGGUGAUGACAAGGCAUACAAAUUGCCACUCGUCGCACAUGACUUGAUAUAUGAUGCACCAGAUCAAAGGAUGUAUGAACAGCGCCACUCUGCGGAUCCAUUGCAUUGCUCUUCUUCAAUUCAUGGAAUCAAAUACAUUUCAAGAAGCAGAGGCAGCACUGCAUACCACGACAGCGGUAUUGAUGAUUCUGCUGCUUGCAGAACCAUUUUGCAGGACCCUCCUCUCAUGCAUCACAACAUUGUACGACGGCAAGCCAAGAGACAAGUUCCUGCUUGUCCACAUGAGCCAGAAGAACCCUAUUCAUUCUGGAACAUGGAGAGGAUUAAAAGACCUAAUGAUGUAUCGUCUAGCCUCCUGGAGUUUCCUUUGAGUAGAAGCAGUAGUCGGAAAAGGUACACUGACAUUGAUGAGUUUGUCUCUACGAAGUUUAGGAAGCUGGGUGCCGCAGAUUAGUAGCUGGGUAAGGACAUGUCUACAUAUCUGCGGCUUAUGAAAUGUAUGCUUAGAUACACCGUCAAAUUGUAAAAUCAUUCCUUGGCAUUCAGCUCGAUGGUUUGCUAUCCAAACUGCAAUUGGAGGGUCACUUAUCAUGAAUAUGGAAUUUUUAUCGCGUCAUCUUAACUAAAAUUGGAUGUUCGCAAUUCAA